AUGUUUCAAAUGAUACUCCUCUGUUUUUCUUUGGUAUUUGGUGGUUCCUCUGAUGUACCUUGUUCAAUAGGAUGUACCACAAAGUGUACAUCAAAUUACACAUGUUUAGGUAAUUGUGGUGAUGGGUACAUCAACGACAACGCUUGUUUGACUUGUAAGUGGGUAAACCCGUUACACGAGACCAAAACAGUAUAUGUCUCCACAGAUACCGGUUGUGUUAAAUCAGAUAAUUUUGCGACUGCGACGGGGUGGAUUUCUAACAACAUUCAAAAACUGAAUUUUGACGAAGAGAUUUCGUUUGUUUUGAAUGCGGAUUCUGAAGUCGAUAGUUCUCCGUGUUAUAGCACUUCAAAGUAUCGAUUUGGGAAAUGGUUUGAACUCGACAUGUCGACUUUUGGUGCAGAGAUGAAUUUCCAUUUAAGUGUGACAAAGAGUGUGAUAACGUCUUCUGUGAAUAUUGACAUCACUUCCUCAAAUUCAAACGAUUACUCUCCGUCGUGUUUGGGCCACACCAAAGUGAACUCCACGACUGAAAGUGGUAUUCUCAACAUGAUCAUCUCAAAUAUUUUUGAUGACACAGACGAUAAAAAGGUCAGAAUAUUUAUAAAUUUAGACGGCUCUGUCGGAACACAAAUCAAGCUGAGUGCCCAUGCAUUCUCAAAUCCACAAGGAACACUCUUUUAUAACUUUUCACAAGAAGAUGCAGAUCGACUCAGUGCAGAUUUGAGUGAUUCGAUAAGUGUGUAUUUCCCUAUGGAAACAGAUGCAUUAUAUAACAGUGUGUUGUGUAUGCCAAAUAGGAUCAUGAAAACAAUGUUAUUCACUAUGAAUUUCACUGGAGACUAUUCUAUUCGUGUCGACUCGAUUGCAGACGAUAGAAUUAUAUAUUUGCAGAAUUAUCAAGUAACUCAAGUAGAUGGUGUGUAUAAAGCGAAGUGCAAUGAAAUGUGGAUAGGAGAGAAAUAUGGACAUGCGCACGAAGAAAAUACGCACGGUAUUGAGGUUAAAGUAGCUGGAGAUGUCAAUGCUAGAAGAUCAUUUUCCAUAGUAACAGCAGACCACUUUAGAGGAAUAACACUGACAUUUAGAGCAAUAUGCCCGAACGAUUGUGGACUGAAAGAAAAACGUGGGACGUGUUCGACGAGUGCAGCGACGUGUGUUUGUGCUGAUCAGUAUGGGGGGGAUGAGUGUCAUUUGAAGUGUUAUUACAACAACACGUGGACGACACCAGACAAUUCCAAUUUGUGUUAUUAUGGAGCUCCACAUUGUGAUUCGAAUUGUAUAUGUGAUGCUGGGUAUUCCUUAGUUGAUCACUAUUGUAUCAGUGCAGAAUGUUUGAGUGGGUCUAUGAGAAGUGAUGAACAGUGUUUAGCUGGGAGUGAAGGGUGUCAGUCAAAUUGUAUGUGUAGAAGCGACUUUACAGCGAACAACAACAAAUGCAAAUACUCAUUGUGUGGUAAUCAGCAACUUGACUCUGAUGUAGUUGAUUUAGGGAAUGGAAAGACGUAUCAAGAAUAUUGUGACUCGGGGUUGUAUUGUGAUGAUAAUUGUCAGUGCCCAGAAAAUUACAUAACAAAUCCGGCAGAUAAGACUUCGUGUAUAGCAAAGGGGUUAGGGACUACUGGACUCACUUUGAUCAUCGUCGGUGUCUUUUUGUUUGUUGUAAUAUGUGUUGGUAUAAUACUUGUUGUAUUAUUGUUUGUUGUGAAAUACAAGAAGACGGACAUCAACAUCUACAAAACACAACAACCAGUCUAUUACAAUUACAUCUCAGGAUCUACAAAUAAAGGCCCGGAUGAUGAUGCAAAGUAUUAUAUUGAUCCAAUUAAUUUGGACUUUGGUAAUAACACCGUAGCAACUGCAAUCAACGAAACGCGUUUUGAAAGAAUUGAAGUUAAAAAUUGUAGUAAGAAGAAGAAUAUGAUGAUAAUCUUCCAUACCCCAAAUAACCCUAAGUACAUCUUCCACUUCGAACCUCAAGUGAUGUUUUUAAGUCCACACACCGGAAUGAAACUCGAAACGAUAUAUAUGACUAUUCACUGCACAACAAAAAUUCGAGAAAUGAAAAUUCCAUACACCGUGUGGUUUAGCGAGUCAAAACACACGUUGAACCAAAUUGCAAAUACACUCAAAGACAAGACUUUUGAAACAUGGGGGCAUGACGACCAAAUAUCCCUUGAGAAUUACAUCAAAGACGUAAAAUUGAGGUAUCACCAUUACUUGACUUUAACAACAGACGCGGCCAGUUCGACGUAUUUAGAUAUGGACGAGUUGAAUAUGUCAGAUGUCCCAAUAGCAGAAGGUGCGAUGGGUAAAUUAUACAUUGGGCGUUACCGAAGUGUUCCCGUCGCUGUCAAACAAUUCAGGUGGGAGAAUUUAAGUGAUGAUGAAAUGGCGGAGUUGAAGAAAGAAGUGAUCAACGAGUGUGAAAUUAUGGGUAAAUUGCGUAAUCCGUUUAUUGCGAAUUAUAUGGGGUCCGUCACUUAUAUUCCACAAGUCUCAAUGGUCAUCCAAUUCUUCGUUUUAGGCGCACUGGGAGAGUAUCUCAGACAAGACAAAGAAGACUACUUGAAGCUUCCCUACAAAUUGAAAGUAAGGAUGUUGUUUGAUUCGGCUCGUGGUAUGCAAUUUCUUCAUGAAAACAAAAUGAUGCAUUUGGACUUGAAGCCAGACAAUUUACUUGUGAAUUCGUUAUACGCAGACUCGGCGUGUUGUAUCAAAAUCACUGAUUUUGGGACAUCGCGAUUUGUGAAGAAAACAAUGAAAAAUAAUGAGGACAAAGGACUUGGAACACCUGUGUACGCAGCACCAGAAACAUAUAACGACGUUUACACUUAUGCGGGAGACGUGUUCUCUUUUGCAAUUACUGCUUGGGAACUCUUUUAUCAAGAAGAGCCAUAUAAGUCGUUCAAGUCACUCUUUGAAAUCAAAGAAUUUGUGUUGAGUGGAAAACGGUUACCUAUUGAUGACGUCAUGCCAAGCACUUAUAGAUCCUUGUUGGAAAGCUGCUGGGAAAAAGAUCCAGAGACAAGACCUAACUUUGACACAGUUUGUAAAAUGAUUGUCAAAAUUGAUGACCAAUCUCCAAGUAAUGUCGAAUUGGAUGCCGACGUGAAUAGUGAGAAAAUCGAAGAGGUCAUCAAUAGAAGAAAUGACAGAGUCGCAAGACAGAUGAGAGACUUGAGUAAUGAGUAA